GCUGCCGUGAAACCGGUUACACCAGAAAAACGUUUCGUCCGCCUUGUGGCAGUUGAGAGGCCGUGAACAUAUGUCAGUGUGCGUAUAUUUUCGGGUGGCGGCAGUAGCCCAGAGUUGGCUGGAUGUAACACGGCAGGGCAUCGGACACGGGAACAUCAGAGCAGAUCAUUGAUGCUUUGUGCGUUGCCAGCGCGAAUCGCAUGCAUUAGUUGAAAUUUUGACGGUCGAGUGACUAGAUGAGCGGCGUCGCGGUGGGCAAGCUUAAACAGUCUUGAGUCCAUUUUAGUAUACCUAAUUUAUGGAAAAUUAACGCUCCUUGAAACGAAUUUGCAGAAGGAAAAAGUUGAUGUGUUGUGUAUAUGUAUUAAAACCUUAGUCCAAGUGAAUUAAAAUUUGUGUUAAUUAAUUAUUAUCUAUAUUAAAAAGAAAAGUAAUUAAGUUUUCACUGAUCUGAUUCCCGGCUGACAACUGUGUGCAGAGAUUUCGUGGAAGCCGUAAAAAACCCAUCUCCUCAGCUACUAACUCAGUCGGGCGACGGUCUGCAGCAACAUCCCAAAAGCAACAUUCAUCAACUGCAUCAGCAUCAGCAUUGGCAUCGGGAGCAGCCAGCAUCAUCUCGCUGACUAGUUUAAUGGGGUUCUUGCUUAAAAUUUGAUUAGAAUUCGACGAUUAAGCAAAGCUUCGAGCCGGACCCAUUGACUUACAUCACAAAGCUCACGCAGGUGACGCCACACACUGUAAACAGUUGAUAAAAAUUUGAGUUGAGUGCGUUUUCAACAAUGCCCCAUACAGGUCAGGCGGGUGUCAACCAGUUGGGCGGAGUCUUUGUCAAUGGGCGCCCAUUGCCGGACUGUGUGCGACGACGUAUCGUGGAUUUGGCGCUGUGUGGCGUUAGGCCCUGUGACAUAUCCAGGCAACUCUUAGUGUCUCAUGGAUGUGUAUCCAAAAUUCUGACGCGCUUCUAUGAGACAGGUUCCAUCCGGCCGGGAUCUAUUGGCGGCAGUAAAACGAAGCAAGUAGCUACACCAACUGUGGUAAAGAAAAUAAUACGCUUAAAGGAAGAGAACAGCGGCAUGUUCGCUUGGGAAAUACGUGAACAACUGCAGCAGCAGCGUGUUUGUGAUCCCAGCUCAGUACCGUCGAUCAGCUCUAUUAAUCGUAUAUUGCGUAAUAGUGGACUCUGGACAGACGAGAUGACUUCCAGUCAGCAGAAUGCAGCAGCGGCUGCGGCAGCAGUGGCAGCGGCUCACCAAAUUUCUGGCAGCGGCACUCCUAGUGCUUACGCUUCGUCCACCCAGUUGUAUGCGAGCCCCAGUAAUUCAGCUGCCGCAGCUACACGAAUUACGCCCACCUCUGGCACGCCACCUACAUCGACAUCAAGCUUACACUCACGUUAUACUAAAGCGACACCGUCACCGUCAUUACUGGGCGAUGGGCUCCCUCUCAAACCUGCGCCCAAGUUGCCUCCGUCUCAUGGAAACAGUCCUAGUCAUGGAUUGGCAACCGCCGUGUCCAGUCAGUUGGGUGGCUUAGACUUAAGUUACUCAGCACUGCACAAGCACUGGCUAUGGAAUCCUUCGCUGCUCUACUAUACUCAGGCACACAUGCAGGCAGCCCAGGCAGCCCAAGCAGCAGCAACGGGCGGUCCGAUUUUACCCUAUAGUGGAGCCUUUGUGCCGCAUGGCGCAGCCAGUAUGGCCGCUGUUGCAGCGGCUGCUGCAGGAAGUUGUGCAGUUGGCGGUGGGUUCACAAAAUCCGAAAGCUCAAUUGAUCUAACCAAACCCUGCGCCAUGGGCGAUCCCUUGAGUGAUUGCGAUUCAGGAAAAUCAUCGCCGGUGGCGUUGACCUCAAGUACAGCUACAUCCGGCGUUACAGAUACGAUGACUAACAGUCAAAAUAGUCGCAAAAGGAAUCCCUAUUCCAUUGAGGAACUAUUGAAGAAGCCUGAGAAGCGUUUCCGUUUCAACAGCGAAUCACAGACGAGUUUGGAAGGAUGUGUGACCAAGCGUGAUAAUGUUGAAUGCAUAAGCUCGAAUUCCAGCUCCAGCUCGAGCGAGAGCAACAGCAACGUUAGUAACGUCAGCUCCGAAGAUACGGCUACGCUAACAAGAUCCCAGCUGGAAGUCGCGGAUGUCGAGGAAGAUUGUAGCGUUGAAGUCGUCAACUAAGGCUGCCUGAUUGCCUUUACUUAAUUCUAGUAAGAGUCCCAGUUUUAAACAAUUAAUAUGUUUAUUUUAGACUACCUAUUCGUGAUAACUAAUUAAUCGAAAUAAAAUACAAUCGAACUGUGUAAAUGUAAUUACUACCAAAAUGUGUUGCUGUAAUUAUUUAAUUUCGUUUCUAGGCAAUUAACUGAGUCAAAUUAUAGUAAUUUUACACUUACAAUUUCUUGUUCAGUAGCGAUAUUUCCAG